CAAAAACAGUAGCAACAAAAACAGUAGCAACAAAAACAGUAGCAACAAAAACAGCAACAGCAAAAAUAGUAAAGGCAACAACAGUAGCAACAAAAACAGCAAUAGCAAAAACAGUAAUAGCAAAAAUAGCAACAGCAAAAAUA